AACACUCAUAUGACAGCGUAUGACAUUAGCACAGGGGAGGGACAUCUGAGGCUAAUCAGAGAGAGGGACAUGAUGUUGCGUUAAAGCAAGACUUUGAAGAAAAGGAUCAAUACAUUCAUAGAAGGAUUUGAAGAUAUAACCUAGAGACUUUUUAAAAGGGAAACAAAUAUUGUAAUAAGAGCAAAUAUGCACAACCAUUUGAUCCAGUGUUUCGAGGGCUUUCUAUUAAAUUUGUGUUACAUAAAGGAAUUUUUUGAGCUCAUUAUUGGAGCAAUCUUUUACCUGUUUGAGGCCCUUGUGCGUCUGUUCAUCCAACCACCCAGAAAGGACGUGGAAGGGGAAAUAGUGUUGAUAACAGGGGCAGCCAAUGGCAUUGGCAAACUGAUAGCCAAGGAGCUGGGUCGUCGUGGGGCUACCUUGGUCCUAUGGGACGUCGACUGGGAAGCUCUUGAUGAGACAGCCAAGGAACUUCGCCAGAUACUGGACAUACGUGUCUAUGCCUAUGCUUGUGACUGCAGUCGACGGACUGAGGUGUAUAAAGUUGCAGACCUAGUAAGGUGGUUUGUUCUAUGUUUGAAUAAAACCUGAGAUAACUUUUGGGCCAGUCAACUUUUUAAAUUUGCACAAUAAUUUGUAUCAUAAUGUGAACACUGUGUGUAAUUGGUAAUAUCAUGUUUAACAGGAGAAAAAAGUACCUUGUCCGCCAAGCACUGUGUGUGAUUUGAUGUACACUUUGACUCACCUGCUGAUUCAACAGGUAAAGAGGGAGGUGGGGGAUGUUUCCAUCUUGGUGAAUAAUGCAGGAGUAGUGACAGGAAAGUACACCUUCACAGAGGCCCCAGACAACAUGGUGGACAGAACACUGAGGGUCAAUGUCGCUGCUCACUUCUGGGUAAUUGAGCUUGUAAUUUCUGGGGAGGCAAACAAAACUAUCCAAACAUUAUUUUAUUGAGCUCCUGAGUGGCGCAGUGGUCUAAGGAACUGCAUCGCAGUGCUAACUGUGCCACUAGAGAUCCUGGUUCGAAUCCAGGCUCUGUCGCAGCCGGCCGCGACCGGGAGACUCAUGGGCGGCGCACAAUUGUCCCAGCGUCGUCUAGGGUAGGGGAGGGAAUGGCCGGCAGGGAUGUAGCUCAGUUGAUAGAGCAUGGUGUUUGCAACGCCAUGGUUGUGGGUUCGAUUCCCACGGGGGGCCAGUAUAAAAAAAAUAUGUAAUCACUAACUGUAAGUCGCUCUGGAUAAAUGACUAAAAUGUAAAAUGUAAAUGUUAUUUAAGAGUUGAUCUGUAUUCUGUAUGAUGAUCCAUACAUUUCUCUCUGACAUGAAUCUGUACAGACAUACAAGGCUUUCCUCCCUGCUAUGAUGUCCAGGAACCAUGGGCAUCUUGUGUGUGUGGCCUGUCAUGGAGGACUGUUUGCUAUGAACGGAUUAGCAGGUGGGUGAAUCCUCAUGUGGGUCAUUUACACUAUUCGGAGUGAGCCCCGCUACACAACAAUAUUAGCUUCUAUCCAUAGUGUUACUCCACAGAAUUCAAUAAUAAUUCAAUUACAUUAAUAUAACAGAAACAAUUAUUGUUGACAGACUACUGUGCAAGCAAGUUUGCAGCUGUUGGAUUUGCUGAAUCCAUUGCCUUAGAGAUGCUUGUCCUCAAGAAGGAGGGGGUCAAAACUACUAUAGUAUGUCCUUACUUGAUCAACACAACCAUGUUUGGAGGAUGUCAGACAAAGUAAGUUAUUCCUAUAUGAUUGCCCCCCUCGGGUAACUAAAACGGGCAAUAAUGAUACUCGUGCAAUUUCUAGCUUUUCCCUUGUUGUUUAGGUGGCCGUCUUUUCUGCCCAUCAUGGACAAGUGGGAUGCAGCAAAGAUGAUUGUUGAUGCAAUCCUGAGGGAGAAGAUGUACUUACUGCUACCAUCCAGUCUGUACUUCCUCAUGGCAUUAAAAAGGUAGACAUUAGUUCCAUACCUCAGUAGUCUCUUUUCUUUUUCCCAAGGCAUUUUCACUUGUAUCAGAAGCUCAAUGGUCAGUCACUGAAUCCAGGGAUUGAUACGCCACACCUAAUGACACCUGUCGUAUGGGGAGAAUGUAACAGUUUUGAAGUAUCUACCACUGAGUUACUUUAUACUCUAGAAUAGUCAACUUAUUGACUUGAGAUCUCAAGUGCAUUUUCUUUUGUUUCAGCUUCAUGCCAGCUAAGUUGGGCAUCAUCUUGGUGAAUUUCUUUGGAGGAUUGGAUUUAAUGGAUCGAUUUAGGGGAGUCCCAGUGCCCAUUCUGCCCUACAAAAAGCCUCUGCGCCAAAGAUAUGACAGCAUUGGUGAACCACAGAAUGCAAUAGUCUAUCACAACUAGCUAAUAUAAGAAGAAAACUACUGCAGUAUUGCAUUGAAUCAUUUAGGAGGACUUUGUAAAGGAGGUGUUGAGUUGGGGUCUGUUAGGUGAUUUGUAAAACAAUCCAUCAUACAUACAGAUAUUCAUAAGUAAGUAAAGCGUACAUUAGACUAGCCUACACAAAUCUCUUGAAAUCCUCAUAGGCAGGCAGGCAAUGGCACUGUACGCAAAUAGCCUAUUUUGAGAAUGUUUAUCACAGCUAAAUAAAAACAUACCUCCAUAU